CGAUCUUGUCACGUUGGACUCUGCGUUCCAGGAUUUUUGUGUGCUGAUCAGAGACAGGGGGAAGCGUUGCCGAGCGAAAAAUGAUGUCAAUCCUGUUGGCUGUCCAACCCUGUGCUCUUCAACAACUCUCUGUCACGCCAUGUACAACUGCGAAACUGGGAAGCCACGCAUUGCCUUGGUUGGCGACUGCACAUUGACCCGCCGCCGCGCCAGGUUCCUUGUGGCAUACACCUUAUCACUGAUGCUAUCGUUGUGCGGCCUCGUUCGCUGGGUACGCGCUCAGCCUCGCCAGUCGCAGAUUGGCACCCCUCCAGCCGUCCAGCAGAGCGACCUAGACCGCACCAGCCACAGCCUCUUCACGCCAAACACCAUGCACAAAUCCCAUGUCCUCCGUAUGCGGACUGCUACUGCCUCCCAUCUGACCUCUGCUUCGUGGCCAUGCAUUAAAUUUGUCUUUCAGCUCGCGACCCCUGCUCGCGAUCUAGAUUUUCGUCUCGAAACUUACCGAUACGAGCAAAUCCCGCAAUCCUCCAGGUGAGGUGCACAGCCACAGGUUCCCACGUACGAUGGAUAUUUUCCGCAAAGGUCUAGAACCACGUCUCUGCAAUAGCGACACCUUAUGAUGAGGU